CUCAUUUCUAACACGGCAGUUGACACCGACGCUGCCCCUUGAUUUGCUGCCCAGUCAUUCGCGGUUGUGGCAGCCGCCUCUGCCGCCGCCGCCGCCGCUGGGACUCCGCCGGCCGUCGUCGUGGCAGCCGCCGCCGCCGCCGCUGGGCACUCCGGCGGCCAGUGCUCUGUGGCGCUGGGGAUUGAGCUGCCGGGCGUGAAUGAGGCUGCGUUGUCGACGUCUGGCCAGAGGCCUCAGCACGCUGCGCAGCGGCGUGGCGCGCGUGGUGGACUCUCUGCUAGUGGUUGCUGCCGGCGAGUUUGGCGUGUCGCUGCCUCCGUCGGUGGCGUUUGCCUGCGGCGGCGCCAACUUGAGCAGUAGCAGUAGCAGCAGCGGCGCGUCUCUGUCAGCAACGGGGCCAGCUCGGUGGUGGGCGCGCGCGGUGUUGUACUUCGGCGGCAGCGGCUACAGCCUUCUUGCCGGCGCGCUGGACAUAACGGACCCUGCCACUUAUGGCGGCGGCGGCGUGCCUUCCGCCGAUAACGUGGCUGAGCUGGUGGUGACUUCGGGCGGCGCGUGCGGCAGCGGCAGCCGCACGAGUCCUCCGCUGUGCCCACCCGCGCCCCCUUCAUCGCCCCCGGACGCGCCUUCGUCCCCUACUUCGCCUCCAACAGCGCCGCCUGGCUUACGCGUAACGGCGGCGCUGCCUCGCGCCAACUCAAGCGCCGCGGCGGACCCGCUGGCAGUGCAGGUUGCACUGAGCGCCAUCGCCACGCUGGUCAGCGGGUUGGUCGCAAGCCAGCCCAGCCUAAUGCCUUUUAGGAGGUGCUGGACCUGGCUGUGGGCCUGGCCGAGCAACAACGGCGUAGCGCCGCCGUGAGCGUGUUGUCGGCCUAUCAGCUGUGCCAAUCUCCGCCGCCACGCUGUCGGCCUCCGUGACCGUAAGCGAGGCCGCUUACGCCAGCACGAUCGCGCGUGAUGGUCUGACGGACAAGUUGUCCGUGGGUUUGGCUCUGGUGGCCGGCCUCAGCCGCCUGGCGAUGCCGGAGACUGAGCAGGUGGAGGCAAGCUCCUCGUUCGGCGACGGUAUGUUGGUAGCUGUCGGCGCAACGACGCCGGUGGACGGGCCCUCAGGCUCAGUCUCCAUGCUUCGCCGCCAGCAGCUUCCAGCGCGCGGACGUAUCAGCACCAGCACUCCUCGUAGGAAUAGCCAGGCCGGACAGAUUCGCGGCGGCGAAGAGGUGCCGGAUACGCCGCCGGUCGGGAGCCGCCGGCCUUUUUGGGACCUUCUGCAUCGCGUCAAGGCUGCUCGCACGCAUGAUGGCGUCUCGCGCCUCGGCCACCGGUGCGGUGUGGACGGCUCGCCGCGCGCAGCAGGUCCCCCGGAAAGCAGCACGCCGAUGCCGGCACCGUCAGUCGGAAGCAGCGGGCCAGCUCUGAUGCCUCUGGCCCUGGAAUCACCAGUGCCCCCGCCACUGCCGACACCGAAGCGGAAACUGCUGCCACCGCUGUCGCGCCUGCCGCCACUCUCGCAAUACGGAACACACCAAGGGGUCCGGCAGAUGCGGUCGAGACGCCGCUGGCAGACGCACUGCCCACACACAUGGAAGUUGCGGCUACGCCAUGACAGGAUGCCCCGUCCGCACAGUCCGCGUAGCAGGUUGUGGCGAGGUUCUUAAAGAUAUUUGCUGGUGUGUCCUCAAUGUUAUCGAAGAUGCUUUAAGACUAACGAAUGCGAAGCCGAGGACGCCAGUGAAUGCAUGUGCAUGUGCACAUGCAAGUAUAAAAACUAUUGGAGGUGCGCUAUCUGCGCAAGCGCCUGGGCAACGUGAUAGUGUGUUUCAUUAUUACGGGUAUUGAGGCACUUGACGGAAGCGGGCACUCCGACGUCAAAUGCACCACUGCAUACCGUACCGCACGUGAAGCAACUCAACAUACCGGUAGACCGACAUGGACGGUGCUGAAAUGCGGCAGCGAGGUGUUGAGGCGCGGAGUGGGCGUGCAUAAUAGGAAAUAAGGUGCUGUUACGGUAAUUGCGCAGCUGGCGAUUUCUUGACACGUGGGCACAGUCACGAGAGUGGGUGUCCGAGAGUCAUAUGAGGCCAGGGCGUAGAGUGUGCGGGGAUCUGGAUGGUGUGUUCGUAUAUGAUAGAAGGUGAGGUGAAGCUUAUUCUCAGGAUCACAGGAAUAUGCACACGUCAACAUCUGACGGACGAUCACCAAAUGGCACAAGGCAGGCAUUUAGCCUGUGUCGGCUUCAGAUGUUACAAGCGCCAUCAAUGCAGUGCUGUCUUCUGUGCCUCGUGGUGUGGAAAGCGCACGUCUUGUACAGGUGCCGUGGGGCUUGCUCUCGGCCCUGCGCACUAAGUGCGCCAUCAGCAGGUCAGUUAUGUACAGAAAUGCAACCCGACUUCCAGCACCCCUGCUCUAUAAUGUCCAUGAUGUCGCGCCGCCCCGCCGGAUGCUGUGUGCCAAGCAUAUGUCGACACGUCGGGGGCGCCCGCCCGGCCCACCAUAGCCCACAGUGCGUGGGCGACCACAAAUCAAGAGCCCGGGUGCGGCUGUAACCUCCUCGACAU